AUGACUUCCAGUGGAAUGAACAUGAUGAGCAAGAUCAUCUUCUACGAGGAGAGGAACUUCCAGGGUCGUUCCUAUGAGUGCAUGAGCGACUGCCCCGACAUGUCCUCCUACAUGAACAGGUGCCACUCCUGCAGGGUGGAGAGAGGCUGCUUCAUGGUGUACGACCGCACCAACUACAUGGGCAACCAGUACUUCAUGAAGAGGGGCGAGUACGCCGACUACAUGAGCAUGAUGGGAAUGAGCGACUGCAUCAGGUCCUGCCGCAUGAUCCCCAUGCACAGGGGAUCCUACAGGAUGAAGAUCUACGAGAGGGAGAACUUCGGCGGUCAGAUGUCUGAGCUGAUGGAGGACUGUGACAACAUCAUGGACCGUUACCGCAUGUCCAACUGCAUGUCCUGCAACGUGAUGGAGGGCCACUGGCUGAUGUACGAGCAGGCCCACUACAGGGGCAGGAUGAUGUACGUGAGGCCCGGCGAGUACAGGAACUUCAUGCAAAUGGGCAGCAGCAACAUGAGGUUCAUGAGCAUGAGGCGCAUCACCGACUCCUGCUAUUAG